ACCAGCGUGGGGGCGCGAGAGAGGGGGAGGCGCGUUUCCCAGCAUGCAUCUCGAUUCAGUGCGGAGGAAAAUGAAUUCGGCCGUGUCGUGCUAAGCUCGGACUGAAAGGAAACGACAUCGAACCACCGAAAAACAUCAUUCAGUGCGAUAAUACCUUACGCAAAGAAGAAUCAGAGGAGUCGAGCAGCCGCACAGGAGUGAAUUCCAGCGGAAAGAUGAGCGGAGGGACGCCUUAUAUCGGCAGCAAGAUCAGUCUGAUCUCAAAGGCCGAGAUCCGAUAUGAGGGAGUUUUAUACACGAUCGACACUGAGAACAGCACUGUAGCUCUGGCUAAAGUGAAGUCCUUUGGCACUGAGGAUCGUCCCACGGACAGACCGAUCCCUCCUCGAGAUGAUGUCUUUGAGUACAUUAUAUUCAGAGGAAGUGACAUCAAAGACCUGACGGUGUGCGAGCCGCCCAAACCCACCUGCAACCUUCCUCAGGAUCCCGCCAUCGUGCAGUCCUCUCUGGCAUCCACCGCCGGCCCCACGGCUCCUUCCUUCCAGUCGUAUGCCCCGUUCAGUCGGGCCCCGUACAGCCAGUUCAGCUCCAGUCCGCUGGUACCCCAGCCGUUCGGAGCGGCGGUCACGGUUGGAAGCAGCUCAGGUCCUGCAUUCGGUAGCGAGGCGAGCACUACUGCCCCUCUGUCCCAGAGCUCUGCUCUUCCCCUGCACUCUCGCUCGCUGAGUGCUACCAAACCCAAAGGUCGUUCCAGCCCAUCUCUGGAGCCCUUGAGGAAGACCCCGACCCUGGAGCAUGCGGUCCAGACGGCCCCGGUCGCUCCCCCUGCGGCUGCUACCAGUACGAUGAGUCGGAGGAGCCCUGGAACGGCCCGACCCGCUCUCAGCAGCCAGAAAGCUGCUGAAAACCAGGAACAGAAAGCUACAGCGUCUGAUGUUCAGAGGGUUCCUCGGCCAGAAUCGGACUCAAACAGGCCUGAUAACAAAGACCCAAACAAACGGCAGUCUGGUGGUGGUGGUGCUCCUCCAGUGAGAAAGGGGCGGGGCAGUGGUGGCGGAGGCGGCGGUCAGCGUGGGCGGGGCAGGUUCAGUGGGCGUAGAGAUGGACCAAUGAAAUUUGAGAAAGACUUUGACUUUGAGAGUGCCAACGCCCAGUUCAAUAAGGAGGAGAUCGACCGCGAGUUCCAAAACAAACUCAAGAUUAAAGAUGAGAAGAGUGAGAAAACGGAGAAGACUCUGAAUGGGGAGGAGAAGACCGAUUCAGGUGUGGAGACCCAGAACAGUGAAGGCAACGCUGAUGAGGAGGAUCCACUGGGACCCAACUGUUACUAUGACAAAUCCAAGUCCUUCUUCGACAACAUCUCCUGUGACGACUCCAGAAAGGAGAAAUCAGGAGGUGCUUUUGGAAGGGAACGGAGGCAGACCUGGGCGGAGGAGAGGAGGAUGAACGCCGAGACGUUCGGUAUUCCUCUGCGUCACAAUCGUGGACGCGGAGGUUUCCGGGGCAGAGGUGGCAGCAUGGGCUUCCGUGGCGGUCGCGGGCGAGCGGCUAGCAGGGGCUCGUUCAUGCCCUCCCGCGGGGGCGGCGGCGGAUUCAGGGGCGGGUUUAGAGGCGGCAGAGGAGGACGAGAGUUCUCUGACUUUGAGUACAGGAAGGAGAAUAAAGUGGCGGCGUAGUCCAACCUGAAGACCAGAUCGUCCGAACGGCCAAGAAUCUCCGAUCAUCACGUCUAGAUUAACGCUUUGGUUUUGACUCCUGACUAACGGGAACUGCCUCUCUCUGUUUAACACCAGCGCAGGCGACGCCUGCCUUCAGCUGGACACGCAGCUUUGAGUUUAUUUCUCCUUUUUUCCUUUUUUAGAAAAAGAAAAGAAAAACAUUUGCUGUUUUUUGGAACCGUUUGAUCUGCAUUCGAUGCGUUCGGACGGGAGAAUUUGUGCACGAAAUGCCGUAAAACUUCCGUGGAAUGAUGAUGAUGAUUACUAUUAUUAUUUGGUAUUUUUUCAUCAACCUUUAGUUCCUUUCGUAAUAAACAGAGGAAGGUAUUUAGGCGUACAGAACCCUGCUGAUACUGUGAGCGCUCCUCAGUCAAUAGCUUUAUUAUGCCAUGUUUUUUGGAUCUGUUCUCUAAUAUCUUUUGAAGCACCAAAACCCGUUCUAGAGGCUGCGGGGGUUUGAGUCCGAGCUCUGCCACCCAAACUAAACAGACGGCCCGCUGGUUUCGCGCUCAUCCGUAGGUGCUUUCGCUUCAUUUAAUAGUUUCACAUAGUUUGUACUAGUACUUGUCAUUAGUUUAUUUCAGCCCCAAAAUAUCGGUUUUUGUGGAUAAUCUGGUCAAGCCUCGGCUUCACUGUCUAGCAGUAGGUCACAAAACACCCUGGUUUAUGAUUGAAUGUAUUGAUGAAUUCAACUCUUGUUUUUGUCCUGAAGCCCUCUCUCUGCAAAAUGUAUUUUGAUAUUUGAGUGCCAGUUGUUCUUGCCUUUUGAUGUCAAUUAUGUAAAUUUCUAAGAGGGCUUUUUGAUAUAAACUCGACACAAACCCCAAACGACGAGCCCCAUCACUGAUCUUCUGGAAAGAUCCUGAAACCCUUUAAGAACCAGAUUAUAUGUGUUGAAAUUGUGUUCAUGUGCACUUUAAAGACGAACGACGCCUGUGUAGCACGUCACAUGAUGUGGAGGCUCAAUUUGAUGUCAUUUCAUAAUGCUCGUAUACCAGAAAUUGACUUGGUUGAAUUGUGGAAGGAGUUUUUUUUUUUAUUUAUUUUUUGUUUUUUUACAAUUUCCAGUAUUUCAGUAUAGAUUCAAAAGGGCCAAUGCAUCGUGUAGCUCUUAAAAAAAACUUUUGGCGUCACGUUUGAUGCUCAGUCUAAACGGGAGGCGAGUUUCACCUGAAUUAAGUGUCCAUAACGAGUCCAAGAAGCCCUCUAUUGUGAAUAGUUCUGUUCCCUGUUCGAUCCGCUUGUAUGUUAACGUGUUGUUUCAGGUACCAGCUGUCUAUUGCUCUGUUACUGGAGUGAAGUUUGAUCCCGCCUCUCCUUUGAACGUCACUGAAGCACUAGUUCCUGCACUGUUAGAUGGGAGUUCAUUCUUUUUUGGUGUGCUUCAUAUUUUUAAUUUGUGUUUCAAAGAUCCAAAGACUGAAUUACGUAUAACAUUUGGAGGAGAAGUGCUCUCUCUCUCUCUCUCUCUCUCUCAGCUG